UCUCUCUCUCUUUCUCUCCCUCUUUGACAGUUCCUAACAGUUCCUAAGAAAAGGUCUGACGGUCUGACGUCUGACGACAUUUAUCGAAGAGUUUAUUAUCCUUCGUACAUUUGACGUAAAAAGACAUGUCAUUGAACACGGCACAUACUAACGGCGGAGUUCUUCUCCACGCUGGCGAAUGCAUUAUACUCUUCUCUGACAAUGUUAGUAUGGAAUUUCAUGGACAGGAGCAGGCGGAAUUCAUUGGGAAGAAGCAAGGCAGAUUGUACUUGACGACACAUAGAAUGAUUUUCAACUCUAAAGAUCAAAAGGAGAAAAUGCAGUCGUUCAGCUUCCCAUUUGUAACAUUGAGCGAGGUUGGACUGGAGCAACCAGUCUUUGGAGCCAAUUAUAUAGGGGGCAAGUGCCGUGCCCAACCGAAUGGUAACUGGAUUGGAGAAUGCAAAUUUAAGUUACGAUUUAAGAGUGGAGGAGCAGUGGAAUUUGCACAAGCUUUGCUGAGAGUUGCGUCAAUGGCUCAACGCAAUGGCCCUUCCAAUGACGCGCCACCACCAUAUACGCCCCCAUUAUCCGAUUGGUACCCAGCACAACCUUCAGCUUAUCAACCCCCACCGACUGGAUAUUAUGGAUGGAUACCUCCGACCAACGUAUUUCCCGAUGUUCCACCAGGAAAUACGGUCUUUAUGACGGAUAGUCCGCCACCGUAUCCCGGUAUACAGCCGGGAUAUGGAUAUGCGAGCGGACCGCCGCAUCAAGGAGGUACAGGUACGGGACAGCCAGGAGGAUGGGCUAAUCCGAAUUACAACGGCCAGCCGAUGUCUCAAGCAGAUGCAAAGGCCGCUGAAGCUGCGCAGAGCGCAUAUUACGAUCCUAAUAGACCUCAAUGCGCUUACGUUCCACCACCAGAAUAUUAUGAGAGUCCACCGGCUUAUGCUAAGAAGUAUCAGUGAAUAUAUACAUUGCAUAAAUUAUAUAGUGCAAUCGAUAUGCAUUCCACCUUAGACGAAAACUGCAAAAUCGUAUGUUGUCGCGUAUUUAAUAUUUCAGAUAUUUGUGCAUUAUGUUUGUUAUGCAACAAUUCUUGAAUCGAAACGCGUAGAUUCAAGAUGAAGGCUGAAAAGAAAUGCUAUCGUUUUUGUCGUUACAGCGCUAUGCAAUGUUAAAACACAGGCAUUAUUCUGUAAGAUAUUUGCAAUAAUAUUAACGCGAGUAUUUAAAAUAAUUUCUUAUGUAUAUGUUAUUCCUUGAAAACAAUUGUAUUGUUAUAUUUCACGCGAGUCUAUAUAAUUACAAAAUAAAUGUUUACACGCAUGUAAAUAUGUAAACUA